AUGGCUUCCCUUUUUCGAAUGGACAGAAUUCUCUACCAGUGCGGAUGCGACGAGUGGUGGCCAUUGUGUAGUCUCUACUUUUGCCGCCAUUGUUCUACCAUUCGGUGCAUGUCAUGCAGUCUUAAUGAAAUCGACUCCACAUUCUGCCCUAAUUGUUUGGAGAAUAUUCCUGCAGGUGAAGCUCGAGUGAAGAAGAACAGAUGCGUCAAUUGUAACCAGUGUCCGAUAUGUGGUGUGUCUGGUUUUUUCGUGUUUAAAGUGUUCAAGAGGGCACAUUAUGCGCAGUGGUUAGAGAUGCUUUGCAAUACACACGUGGUCUUUGGUUGGACCACCUGCUCCGGGCCUCCUGUUAAGCUGUUCAUUUCUCCGGGGUGGGCAUAUUGGUACUACACUUAUCUGGGGGAUAGCAACACUGAUUUGAUACAUCAGUAG